GUACUGCAGAUCUCGUUCGAUCUUUUCUGGUUUUUUCUUUUUGUUUCCUUCAUUUAUUACCUGUUUUUAGAAAAAAAAAUAAUCAAUGAACGAAGAAUCUAACUCUCCGUUACGAAACUCAUAGCGUCUUAUUCUCGAUGAACGAAAAAAAUUACAUCACUGGUUUUUUCGUCAAAUAAAUUCUUUGACCACGUAGUCUCGUUGGAUUCCGAUAAUUUUUCCAAUCUAAUUAAAUCUUCCUUGUUUUGUGUAAAUUUUUUUUUCUCGCCACAAAUCGAAUCACGUUUGGAUCGAUGCAAAAAUACUUUGCGAAUCGGAAGAAAGGUUGGUAACUUUUUGCCGAGCUAAAUCUGUACAGAUAUCCGAGAGGUACGCCGUUUUUCGAUUUCAUUUAAUUAUUUAUUUAUUUAUUUAUUUCUAAUAAUAUUUUUUGCUGCAGAGAUCAACGAUCGUCAAUUAGUGAAUCGGUUAAAUACUUUCUAGUUUAAUUGACGCGGUAUUCUUCAGUUCCUGUGAAAUUUAUAUUCUUUCUAACGUCCGCAUCUGAUUGCGAAGAGAUGAAUCUUACGUUGUGCGAAUCUAUCGCUGUUCAGUUUGGGAUAAAAUUGACCUUUUUUUUUGCUUUUUCUUUGUUUUUUUUUUCACCGUUUGUGUUACAGUGGUCCGCCAACUUGUCUAACGAACCGUGAGAUUUGUAGGCUCUGUAAUAUUUCUUUAUUAUUUUUAUUCUUUUGUUAUUGCGUGUGAUUAUAAUGCAGAUAUCUCACAGAUUAUUAACAGAUCGAUGGCAUUGCAGAAUAUGAGAUUUUUUUUUUUUUAUUCUUUCCUUUCCUCUUCUCUCUCUCUGUCUUUCAUUCGCAGAUAGAGAUCGAUUCGAUCGUGGAACAGAGCGUAUUGAAAAAUUAUAAUGAUGAUUAUAAUUGUAGAACCCUGCCAAAUUGUAAUAUAAUCGUGAUGGCGAACAUUCCAACGCUAGAAAUUCAACGUUAUGAUAUUUUAUAUAUAUUUAUCGCCCGUUUAUGAAUUUCAUAUGAAAAUAUAUAUAACGUGGAUAAUUAUUACGUUACGGUAAACAUUGGGUAAUCCGAUUGUGAAAAUUGUGCAAACUUUUGGCCGAGAGAUAGUUUUCUAUAGAUUAUGUAUUCGGGUAAAUUGAAUCGAUGAAAGAAUGAACAUUUCUUCGUUUUUUUUUUUUUGUUCAAAGUUCAAUUCGCACGACCUUGUUAAUAAGUUUAAUUGAAAUGGUAUUUAGAAAAUAUCCCAUGCUUAUGAACAUAUCGUUGGACACAUAAAUUAUAUUUGAGCGCAGAGUAAAUAUGUAUAUACGGAUAGUGAAAAGUGAAGGAACGUUAAACAGCUAUAUGAGGUAUUGUUAGUGUUUCUUGUAGCGAUUUGAUUGGCUAAGAAUCAUGUAAAAAAAAUCACGUAUCCAGUCAUGUACAGUUUGCAACUUACCGUUGCGUAUGUGCAACGUUAUAUACGUAUACCCACACUUACGUAUGCCCACGAUAUAUUCCAAAAGUGAACGUGAUCAAGUAUGUAUAUGAAUUUAGAGUAAUGCCUUAUAUACUUAUCGUUCGAAAUCUUACGUGCACUUUUCAGAUCGUUAGAUUAUAUUUUUCUUUAUUACGUCAAAUAAUUAUCUAACGAUUGUCGAUCGAAUUUUUUAUUCCCAUCGGGUGCAUCCAAAUCGCGGAUAAAUAAAUUACGUCAUUUCAUAUCUGCCGGGGUUAAAUCUGCAGCAAGGAUAAUUUUUAUCCGGGAUUAUGGUUUCGGGUCAUACACUUUCUUUCCGGACAGAUAUAGAUUUUCAGGCGAUUCAAUAAUCUGAGCGUGAAUUAUUCACAAUCCCUAAUAUUCGUUCUCUCCUGUUUUUUUUUUUUUUCUUUUUCUUUUUCCUUUCAAGACCAAUUGCAACUACGACAAAGGUCUCUUGGGUUUCACGACGCCAUCAUUCCGCGCUUGCUUUACGGGUCACUGCUCGAUAACGUUUGUCCAACUUAUUUUUUACGCGGCGUUGAAUCGGCAUAAUUUGCCGGUGAAUCGAAUUAUUUAUUUAUUUUUUUUUCUUUCCAUCGCAAUUCUCAAAAUUUGACCACGGUCCGAUGCAACGGCAAAUUGUAUUGCAGAUUUGGAAAAAGAAAAAAAAGAAAAAAAGAAUUUGUUACCAAAUUUGCGCGAGCCUUUCUUAUUAUGUUACACACAAAUUACGCACAAUCGAUUGACGUAAUUACCGUAACGAAUCAAUCACGAUCCGUAUUGAUUAUUCGAGGAAAGCGAUUCUGUAAUGCGAAUAUUUUUGCCAACGUUAUGUUACUGUAGGUGAAUAAAUCUGUGAUAAAAAAAUAGAAUUAAAAAUAUUAAUAUAUAAUCGAUCGAUGGAAUGAAAUUUUCUUUUUCUCUUCGCUUUUUUUCUAGAAUAUUUUCACCUCUUCUUUAAUUAUUAAAAAUCUCUUGUUACGAUCCAUUGAUAUCGAUGCAAGAAAAAUCGCUCAAUUAUUAUAAUAUGUAUUUAUAGAUUAUUGAGAAUGCAGGCGACUUCAUUAUAUAUUUGUUCGCCAUUCGCGUAACUUAAAACUAGAGAGACUGAAGAACCAAAAAAAAAAAAAAAAUCUCUAUCGCGAGAAAACAAUUAUUCGUGUUACGUGCACUUUCGUUUUACGUUACACGUUUUAUCAAUCCGGGAAAUGCGACUUCUUCUGGAUCGCGAUAGUUUUAUUUCGUCUACGUUAUAGAAAGCAUCUGCUGAUUAUUUUUAAUUUUUUUUUAGAUUUUGAGCACGAUCUGAAAUCUUUCAUUUGCGCGGUGAAAAAUUGAACUUUUUUACGGUUGUCAUUUUGUUUCCCAUCAUCAAAUUUACCAUUUGAAUGGGUGAAUUUAUUGAUCGACAAUUUGAACGUGUUUAUCGGUUAUAACCUAUUCAGGUAUAGUGACAAACAAAUAGAAUCAUGAAUAAAUAAUCUUUGGAGAUUUUAAGAACAAAAUGAAAAGAGUUUUCGUUUUAUAUUUCUACAUAGGUUCGUUAAACUUUUACUAAAAACUAUCCGUCGGUUUUUCCUUUUUUCAUCUCAUCUGUAUCAGAAAAUUUAAUAAAUAUUUCAGCAGUUCUGGGACUCGCGCAAUUCGAUUGCAGACGUUUGCAUAGGUCGCCGAACAACGAUUCCGUAAGUCGCCAAUGCACAGAGCGGUACAGGAAUUUUUCCUUUCAAUUUAUUUUUCCCUACGAAACGCCAGAUUAUUUUCGAGCCGUUUUCAGGCCCCGCAGGAUUCAGCGCCGAAACCUUCGGCUCCCCCGUGUCACGGUCACAAAAAUCAAGGCGAAAAAGCUUCGAAUAUCGCGCAAAAAGCUGCCCAAGAAGCCAAAGCCGCUUCGGAAGCUCAAAAUAUCGCGGGGCAACAGGCCGCUCAUCAAGUGAAAGCACAAUUAGCCGAGAAAGCUGUUCAGGCAGCCAAAGCUGCGGAAGCUGCGCUUUCUGGAAAAGAAGCCGUAGUCGAUCAACUCAAGGAGGAAGUCAAGGAGGCGGAUUCGGUUGUUCAGGAGGAAAGCGGGUCCCUUCAGCGGGCGCAGACAAACGUAAACUCGGCCGCCGACGCGGCUCAACAGUCGAAAAUUCAGCUUAAGACUCUGACUUCGGCCGUUAAAACUGCGAACGCUAAUCUCGGCAAUGCCGAAUCCGCGGCGCAAGGCGCCCAACAAGCCUUGAACGAAAAGCAACAGCUUCUGGAGGCCGCCAAAAGAAGAGUCGACGAACUUUCCAAGCAAUUGCAAUCGGCGAAACUUGAUCUCUCUAACACAAAACAAGCCGCCGCUAAAGCUACAUCGGCUGCCCACGAAGCAAAGGUUAACGCGAAUAGGAAUAAAAGACGAAUGGCCAAUUGGCGGGCGUUCAGAGUACGUAGAAAAUUGUAUCGACCAAAAAAAUUUCGGAAGAGAGGAAUGUGAGAUGGAAAUUUAGUGAUCUGGAAUCCUUCGAUUCUGUAGGGAGUGAAGUGAGGACCAGAUACACGAAUGGGAUAUACGGAUUUUUAAUUUUUGCCUGUUGAAAUAAAUGAGGAUUGAAUAAAAUGUCAUUUUCAAUGAGCUCGUGACGUGUUAUAAUGAAGGGAAAGAAAUGUUACUUUGAAACCGAUGUUUUUUAACAUGAAUUAUUUACUGCUGAUUAUUUUAAUAUGCUUGCGUGAGUAUCCGAAGCAGAGAGAAUUCUGCAUCACAUCUGAUUAAGAUAUUGAAUUUUAUUUUUCUGAGGUACAGUCAUUUUUGGAAACUCAGAUGCGAGGAGAUGCAGAAGAAUUAAACGCGCGGAGUUCGGGGUGAACACCUCUAAAAAAUCUAACAAAGCGACGAACAUCGCCCAAAAAGCUGCUCAGGAAGCCAAAGCUGCUUCGGACGCGCAAAACAUUGCCGGUGCCCAAGCAGCGCAUCAAGUUAAAGCUCAGUUGGC